GCGGUCCAUAUAGCCAAUAUGUUAUGUCAAUACGGAUACUUCUUUCCCGUAAACGACUCAAAAACUCUUACUCUAAAAGAUGACAGUUCUCUGUACAGGUUCCAAAUUCCGUAUUAUUGGCCAUGUUCACAAAAGAAUCCUGAUAACGUAGAAUAUGCGAUAUACCUAUCAAAAAGACUGCUAAGAAACAAACAACGACAUGCCUUGGAAGACUAUGAAAUGGACUCAUUGAACAGUCUGAAAAAAAAUCUACAAAACAAAUGGGAAUUCAUCACGAUGCAGGCUGAAGAACAAGUUCGGUUAAGCAAAGAUAGGAAAAAAGGCGAAAAAAUAGUAACUGAUAGUCAAGAAAGGGCGUUUUGGAGAGCCAUAGCAGUCAAAGAUAUCAAAAGGCCGUAUGAUCAGAAUUUUUAUAAGUGUUAA